AUGGGGCGGGGAUGGGGCGGAGGAUGGGGAGGGGGAUGGGGAGGGGGAUGGGGGGUGGGGCGGAGGAUGGGAGGUAGUUGGGGCGGGAAGGGGGGCGGAGGAUGGGAGGGAGUUGGGGUGGGGAUGGGGCGGAGGAUGGGUAAAUGGGGCGGAGGAUGGGGGGAGUUGGGAUGGGGAUGGGGAUGGGGCGGAGGAUGGGGGCGGAGGAUGGGAGGGAGUUGGGGUGGGGAUGGGGCGGAGGAUGGAGGGGGGAGUUGGGGGCGGGGCGGAGGAUGGGUGGAUGAGGCGGAGGGGGGGGAGUUGGGGGCGGGGAUGGGGCGGAGGAUGGGGGGGAGAGCUGGGGGGGAGAUGGGGCGGAGGAUGGGGGGAUGGGGCAGAGGAUGGAUAGAUGGGGCGGGGAUGGGGCGGAGGAUGGGGGCGGAGGAUGGGGGCGGAGGAUGGGUGAGAGGGAUGGGGGAUGGGGCGGAGGAUGGGAGGAUGGGGCGGAGGAUGGGGGCGGAGGAUGGAGGAGGGUGA